CUGCCAUCGAUUCGCUGGUUAUUUCAUAUCCAAAGUCGCUGGUAUAUUGACUGCACAUAGGGCAUAAUUCGUUCUCUAUUGAUCGCAGAACUAAAAUGAAACAAAUCAAAAUGUUAAUCAAUAGACUCCUAUUAAGUCGACCCCUUUAGGAAGCGAAGGCGACAAAAUGCAAUUUGGGAUAGAAAAGUAUCAACCCAUGACGUCUUGUGUCUCGCAAAUAAAAAUCAAGAACGUGCGGAGUAUAUAGGGAUUAACCGAAGGAUGCCCGCUUGGCACUUUUCUCUAACGGUUUUUGUCUAUGUUACACUUCUUCAAGGUGAAAGCGAGUCCUUAAACUGCUACCAAUGUACUAAUGAGAAGACUAAUAUACAUUGUGUAGAUGACUAUAAUGUUCAACGCUGUGAUAGAGGAAUGGACACCUGUCAAACAAUUACGUCAUACUCAGACGUGUCAGAGAGGCUUUCCAUUUUGAAGUCUUGUACAACGAAUGUGUCCUGUCACCUUCAGAAGCAGGAGUACUACAGAUCCUGUAAUCUAGUCAGUCCAGGAUGGGUGUGUGUUUAUUGUUGUCACCAUGACAAAUGCAAUAUACACGCGGCUUCCGGAACAAUAUCAUCUCUGAGGACCAAGUCGUUAUUAAGACAAAUAUUGGAUUAUAUUUUCCUUUACUUGAUAAUUUCUGUGAACAAGUACAUUUCUGUAUUGAUGUUAUAACUGGAAUGUAAUUAAGUUUCAGACACGUCUUCCAAUGCCAUAAAUUCUACAAAACUGGAGCAGCAAAAUUGAUACAGUGAUUCUGUUUGGGAUUUGUGUUUUUUCUCCUACAGCACCAUUAAUGGCAUUCUCACUUGAUGCUGAAAAUCGAAGAAACUUGGGAAAAGAGCAGUGCAACAUUGGUUACUUUUCCCAUUUCUCCAUGAAUUUAGUUUUAAGUUUUGACAGAAAAAUCAUAAAACGAAAAAGAAAAAAAAACAAACAAACAAAAAACAAACAUCGAUUUCAUGACGAAGGAUAGAGCAAUCUUCGUGCACAUUACUCGUAAAACUAGUUGCUGUUUUUUUUAAAUUAAAAGGUGUUUCUCCAAAGUGUGAGAGAGAUAUAGUGAAGAUAUAAUGGAAGACUGGGAAUUAUUUAAAGGAACCCUUUGUUGAUAGAGAUUGGGAGAAAAACAAAUUUGACCUUAUUUAGUGUAAUAUAAAUUGUCAAAAGUUGUUUUAUAAUACAGAAUGCCUAUAAUCCUUUUGAUUACAAAAGAAAAUUUAAAAUUUAUGUAUAUAUUUUAUUGAAAUACAAAUGCAAUUUUUUCAUGUGUUUAGAGGAAAUAUAAUCAUCAAUA